UUAGUAUUAGGGGUUGUGUUGAGUGUGGUGACUUUGGGGUGACAGCCAGGCUCUCUCCUGCAGGAACUGCAGCUCAAGGGCGAGGAGUGCGAGCGGCUGUCCCGGGUUCGAGACCAGCUGGAGCAGGAGCUGGAGGAGCUCACGGCGAGCCUGUUCGAGGAAGCCAAUAAGAUGGUGCACGAGGCCAGCAGGAAGCAGGCAGCAGCAGAGAAACAGCUGAGGGAGGCCCAGGGCAAGAUUGAUGUUCUCCAGGCGGAGGUCUCUGCCCUGAAGACUCUGGUCCUGACCUCCACCCCCGCCUCCCCCAACCCGCAGCUGCACCCCCAGCUGCUUCCGCCGGCCCGGGGGGGGGCGCCCCGCCGCAGUGGGGGGCACGUCCGCAACAAGAGCGCUGGCUCCCCGGCCCUGCCCCCCGCCCCCCUGCAGCCAAUGGGGAAGGAGGGCCGCGAGUCGGCUGCUCCUGCUCUCCUCUCUCUGAUUGUGUGUGUGCUCCCGGGCCGGGCCCACAGCGUGACCUACGAGCCCCGCUGGCCCGCCGAGGGGGAGGGGCCUGCGCCCCGCCUGCGCCAGGUAACCCCGCCCCCCGCCCCCGGGGCGCUGGUGUGUGAGCGUGUGGGCCGGCCGUCUGCGCAGGUGUUCUGGGAGCUGAUGCGUCUGCGCAGAGAGAUGAGUGUGGCCAAGCUGGGCGUCUACUGGACCGAGGAGGGAUAG